GGUGAAUUGCAACGCUAAUUGCAGAGUGCAAUGCGCCGGAAAAUUUUGCAUAAACUUUUUGUGAAAUUUCAACUGUGUUUGUGUGAGUGUGCAGGAGCAGCGAGUUAGCGUGCGUGUGUCUGUGUGUGUGAAUGCAAGUGCGCUGGUGUUGAAAAAAUCUAUCUCUUCGCUACGCAUUUUCACCCCCCGUUUUUGCGUAUUUGAUCUCUCUUCCUCUUCUUCUCUAUCAGCACAGCCGCCUAUGCGUGCGUGCGUGUAUGAGUGUGUGUGUGUGUGCGAGUGCGUUCUCUGCUUUCGUUUUUUAAUUCUUUGUUUAUAUUUACGUAUAGUUUGUUUGGGGGGCCCCGUUUUAUUGUUGUUACCCGAUGGCGGAUGCUCUUUCCCGUUUUGAUUUAUCGCCCCGCCAUAAAAAUAGUGCCCAAUUCUGAUUCCGUUCCCGAUUCCGAGAUUCCCAAAAGCUCUCGUCGUCUGCUCCACCACACACACCGUCGUCACAGUGCCGAAAUAUUUAUGACCAACAGCUAGCAGGCUGUCCCUUUCGAAAAACUGCAAAAGUAAUGUUAAAGUAUCUUUCGGAUUUGCUUAAUUGCGGGAAAUUGUCAGGGGAAUAUGUGUAUCAGCACUUUUAUCCUAAGCAAGAAUUCUUUUUAGAAUUAGUUUUGUUAAGAUGAAAUCAGUUAAAUCUUGGUUUGGGACCAUAGGAAAAGCUAUAUUUACUAGUUUUCUUCAAUUUACACACUCCCCAUUGUACUAAAAAAUUAAAAACAUAAUGAUAUGAUCAUUAUUUAUCCUAAAAUCUCAAUAGUUAUUUCAAUGAAAUUUCUGCAAAAUCGGUAUGUAAUAAGAUAUAAGAUCGAUCUAUAUAUAGAUAAGAUAAUAAGAUGCUUAAUCAUAACUAAUUUUUAGUACAGAUUACUGUAUAUUGUUGCAUAUUGCACCUGUACCACAGUGAUGUCUUAAUUGCCCCGUCCAUAAAUUUGACGUAAAUGGCCUGAUUUAGAACGACGGGCACUUGCUGGCAUAAAUAUCUGAGCCGCAAUAUUUAUUUUCCAUAGAUUCAUUCGCCUUUCCACUGGCUUUUCCGCUCGUUUGCUCUCCGAGUCUUGGGAGAUUUUCCCUCGAAACAGAUUUCCACCAGUUGAAUUUUGGCGCCCGCGCUGAUCGGUUGUGCAGUCGGGAAAAUCUCGCGUUUGAUCUUGUGGAGGAAAAUGUGCCGUGCAAAGGCGGGUCUAUUUUUAGACAACUUGCUGAUUUCCACACUCGCCGCUGUGCUCUAAAUCAGAUUGAGAAUCGAUAACUGUCCAAUUAAUUGCACAUCGUCGGGCUCUAAGGCCGUUCGACCAGAAGGGAGAUAUCCGGAAUCUGUGGAAUCGGUUAUAUAAUCCAUGUGCGACUAAAAUGGCCAGCAAAUUUCAGAGGAAACCAUCUCCCGGCGGAGCAAUGGGCAUGGGAGGGGGUGCAUCGAGUGUUUCCUCUACGCCGAGCAACCAGCCGAGGAAAAGGGUGAAACGCUGUUGCCGCAACUUCGUCACUUUUAUGUGCACCCAGGUGGGUGUGGGCGCCCUGAUCGUGAUCUAUGCCAUCUGUGGGGCCUUCGCCUUCAUGCACAUCGAGCGCCAGUUCGUGGACAAGACGGCUGGCCAUGUGAUAGAGCUGCGCCAGAACUGCUCCCAGCAGCUGUGGAGCAUCACGGAGCAGCACAACAUUAUCGAUCGUCGGCGCUGGACGGAGGCCACGAACGAGGUCCUCAGGGAAUACCAGGCGCAAAUAGCCGGAGUUGUCAAACACGGCUAUGUGGGCAGAAGUCCAGAGCAAAUCUGGAGCUUUCCGGCUGCCCUGAUGUUCUGCCUGUCGGUGAUAACCAUGAUUGGCUACGGCAACAUGGUGCCCCGAACUCCGUGGGGCAAGGGAUUCACCGUGAUCUAUGCCACCUUUGGCAUACCUCUGUACAUCCUGUACUUCCUAAACAUGGGCCGAGUGCUGGCCAGAUCGUUUAAGUUCCUCUACCGAUCCCUGCACGAUUGCACCCAGGAGCACCCGCGCCUGGAUCGAUUGGACGCCCUUGAGGGUGGUGUGGGCAUGACACGCAAAAAGGUCAUUGUGCCGUCAACUGCUUGCCUGUGGGUCAUAUUCUUUUACGUCCUCACCGGCACCGUGAUGUUUGCCAAUUGGGAGAAAUGGAGCUUACUGAACAGCUUUUACUUCUGCAUGACCUCGCUGUGCAAGAUUGGAUUUGGCGACUUUGUGCCCGGCGCCUCGCUGACCACCAGUGCGGAUGUGAAUGCGGCGACGCACAAGUUGCAGGAGGACAUUUCCGCCGAUCCUGCCGAGCUGGCCCAGCUGCAGUCCGUGGCCGCCGAUCAGCACUCCAAAUUGGCCAUCAACUUUGUCUACAUGCUGCUGGGCAUGGGUCUGGUGGCCAUGUGUCGCAACCUGAUGCGGGAAGAGGUGCGCCUAAAGGCACGCGAGAUGCGCGAGGACGCCAAACUUUGCAUGGAGGACACACGGCUGCGGUUCGUCGGCUGCUGCGGAAAUCCUAGGGAUGCGUACGAGGAUGAUUACUACUAGGAUUAGGAUAGGUUGCUAGGAAGGGUUUCAAACAACGGCGUCCCUUAUUUAGAUUUAUAUUUUAAACUAAGCUAUCACUAAUCCGAAAUGGUUCUAUUCUGUUGAAACUAAAGAAAAAGCAAGUGUAUUAUAAGAAGAUCGUAUUUAACGUUAGGGUUAUAGUUCUAUAACAGAAGUGGUCUGUAUCAUCAGUUGUUCAAUUUAGAACUUUCGAAAGAUAUUAGGAAAUUUUGACAAUUUGUGGAGGUUUCCAAAAUAAGCGUUUGUGUGUGAAGCUGUGAAAAUGAUGCUGUGAUUGGUUAAUCCACUACUUGCCCUGCCCACCAAGUAAUACCCCAUGAACCGAUUCGAUC